GGCAACAAUGUGCUAGUAUAGACGAUGGUAAAUGUCUGGUGAUUGUUUGUUGUGUAAAAAUAUUAGUUUUUGUAAAUAAUGCAAUAAAAUGGUCGAUAGAAAUGAAAAAUUUCUUAGCGAAUUGUUGAAAUAUCCAGGGAAUAGCGUUUGUGCGGAUUGUGGAGCCAAAAAUCCGGAAUGGGCCUCUUACAACAUAGGCAUUUUCAUCUGCACAAGAUGCUCGGGGGUCCAUCGGAGCAUGGGCGUUCACAUAAGCAAAGUCAAGCAUCUCAAAUUGGAUAAAUGGGAGGAUUCGCAAGUGGAACGGAUGAAGGAAGUCGGAAACAUAAAGGCCAAAUUAAAAUACGAGGAAAGAGUGCCUCCUUGUUACAGGAGGCCCAAGGAAGACGAUCCUCAGGUGCUAAUCGAGCAGUGGAUUCGUGCAAAGUACCAGCGAGAAGAGUUCUGUCAUCCGGAAAGGCAGGUGUACACGAGCGGAAACAUGCAAGGGUUCUUGAUGAAGAGAGGGAAAGAAGACAGCAAAUAUCAAGCGAGGAAAUUCAUUUUGAGCGAGGCUGAUGACACCCUCAAGUACUUUGUUAGAGAAAACAAAGAACCCAAGGCGAUCCUUCGGAUAUCGGAAAUAAACGUGGUAUUUGCACCGGAAAAAACAGGGUUUCCCAAUUCAUUGCAGCUGACUUUCCUGAAGGACGGGACAACGCGCCAUAUUUACGUAUACCACGAUGAUGCCGAGAUUAUCGUAAAUUGGUACAUGGCAAUAAGAUGUGCAAAGCUUCACAGGCUGCAAGUGGCGUAUCCAUCGGCUAGCGAGAGCGACCUGGUUAAUUACUUAACAGAGGAUUUCGCCAAGGAAGGGUGGCUGUUCAAGACUGGACCGAGGCUUUCGGAUGGAUUCAAAAAGCGAUGGUUUAUUUUAGAUAAUAGGAAAUUGAUGUAUCACGAUGACCCAUUGGACGCAUAUCCAAAGGGAGAGAUAUUUGUAGGUUCUUCCUUGGAUGGUUAUAGCAUUCGAAUAGGUGUUUCUGUGGGAGUUAAGGAUCAGGGUUUUUCCUUUUCUUUAACUACGCCCGAUAGAAUAUAUAAUUUGUCUGCGAAUACCGAGCACGAUAGAGACCAUUGGAUUGAAGUGAUACAAAAAGUGCUAGAUAGACCAUUGUCACCACAAGAUUCAGCAAUUUCUGGGCGGCUAAUAAGGAAGCGAACUAAUACAAACUCGAUAAACAUAUUUUCCCAAAGGUAGUUAAAACGUGAAUAUGAACAAAAUAUGUUUCUAUUUGACCUAGUCGUGUAUUAAAUGUAGUUAAAAUACUAUAUCACAAAAUAUCUAAACUUUGUCAGCAAUACUCAAAAUCCAUUCUCUCCUGUAUUUUCAAUUACUUCUUUAUAUUUUCAAAACGAGUCAAAAUUAUUGAAGCUCCUACUAUUUUAAUGAUUAUUUAAAUUAUUUAUUAUUUUUAUUUUGUUUUCCGAGAUUUUCUAAACGUAAUUCACAAUAUUACUGGUGUUCUCGUCUUAUUUAAAAUUCCAAAUUUAUUCGAUUAUAAUGGAACUUUCUUUUAUUAAAAUUGCAUGCUUUUAAUAAACAGUUAUUAAUCAAAUUCUUUCAAGAACUAUUCAUAUUGAACUAUUCUAUCUAUUUACAUAUUGAAUUACUCAGUAUACGUGUAAUAUUCAAUUCCUUAACAAAAGUAAACAUAUCUAAUUGUUUUUAUAAAACGAUAUUUUGAACUUUAAUGGCCUAUUUAUAUAAGGUAGCAUUCAAUAGUUGGCUUAGUGCUAUGUAUUACGUUUCAUUUCUAAAAACAAUACCUAUGUAUACACGAAACAAGAACUUUGAAUUAAUUCCUAAUUUAAUAGGUAUUAUAUUAAUUAAACAAUUAAAAGUUUAGCUGAAUUUAACACAUUUGUGUGCUGUGCUUUUAUGUAAUGUUAAACGUUUCUGUUUUAUGAAAAAAAUGUGGGUAUUCAUGUGUAGAUUAUGAAUAUCUUUUCUGUUGUACUUUGUUUUUCUAUAUUUCUUAUGUUUAAAGUAAAAAAAGUUCUUGCUUUGUUUGUAUGUACUGUUAUUUUUCUAGUUAUAGGGUUUUCGACUUCGCGUAAGUCCAAAAUUGUUUAUUAUGGCUAUUUUUAUCAUAUGUUGUAAGAUCUUGAUUAUACCAAAAAAAUAAAUUAUUGACAACUUGCGUUUAUCUUUGACGAUAAAGUGGGGAAAAUUAAUCUUGAAAACCUACGAUCUACAAUAUUUAAUUGGUAAUUUUUUAAUAAUUGUAUUGGAAAAAAAUUGUAGGUCUGCGAGAAGAGUUUUCCAAACAUGCAAAAUAUUAAUAUUAAGAUCGAAUUUUUACAUACAAUUUACAUACAUAUUCUAAAUCUUCAAAUAUUUACACUUUAUCUACUCUAGUGUGGUAACUUCUAUGAGCUGGUAAUCCGAAAUUACACUAUUGGUUUAUUAUACUUGCAUGUUUUAAAAUAUAUAAUUCAAAAAUUUACUGUUUGUAUAAAAUAACUUUCAUUUCGCAGUAUU